UCAAAAUCUGUGUUUCGAAUACUUAUCAAACAAUUAAAAAUUAUGAUUGAAACAAAACACAGUUCCAACCACAAUACCAAACACCUUCGAACUAAGCUCUGCCAUCCAACUUGUUCUCCAUUCAAAUUAUAAUAUAGCCAGCAGGACGGGAAAACAGACACAAGGGAUAGGAGAUGGAGAGGCAGAAGCAUUUUGUGCUAGUCCAUGGAGCCUGUCAUGGAGCAUGGUGUUGGUAUAAGGUGGCAACUUUGCUUACAUCAGCUGGUCACAAAGUUACAGCUCUGGAUAUGGCCGCUUCAGGGGUCCAUCCAAAGCAGGUAGAAGAGCUCCAUGCGAUCUCAGACUAUUUCGAGCCAUUGAUGGAAUUCAUGACAUCUUUGCCACCAGAAGAAAGGGUGAUUCUAGUGGGUCACAGUAUGGGUGGGCUCUGUAAUUCUGUUGCAAUGGAAAGGUUCCCUGAGAAAAUUUCUUGUGCAGUCUUCGCAGCAUGUAUCAUGCCAGGUCCUGAUCUGAGCUUCACAGCUGCAAAGGAAGAGAAUGCCAGACAAGCGGGUUCCUUCAUGGAUUCACAAUAUAUGUUUGAUAAUGGGCCCAACAAUCCUCCAACGUCCAUACUGCUUGGGCCCGACUGCUUGUCAAUCCAGCUGUACCAGCUCUCCCCUGCCAAGGAUCUUACGCUAGCGAAGCUGUUGCUGCGACCUCACCCUUUGUUUAGUGACGAGGCGACUCAAGAAGAAGUCUGGGUUACGAAGGAGAAGUACGGAUCGGUUCCCCGAGUUUAUAUCGUGUGUGACCAAGACAAGAUAAUAAAGGAAGCUAUACAGAGAUGGAUGAUUGAAAAAAAUCCACCGGAUGAAGUAAAAGUUGUGCCUGGUUCUGAUCACAUGAUCAUGUUUUCUAAACCUCAAGAGAUGUGCUCUUGCCUCUUGGAGGUUGCCAGGAAAUACUCCUGAUAUUGUCAAUUGCCACUUGCUUGUCGGAACCCGCUACUAUGUGCAGACGAUCAGAGGACCUCCAAGUAUAUAAGAGGUUUUUUUUUUGUUUUUCUUUUUCAUGAAUGUGAGUGUUCAAAUUAGCUUUCGUGUACUUCGACUAAUCCCACAAAUCCUACAUACCUUUAAAUUAACGAUCAUGUAAAUCUUUAAUGAUUCUGAGAUUUAUAAGACUUGAAUUGGUAAUUUUUAGAGAGUAAA